AUGGAGGCCCAGGUCGAGAAUGCCGUUGAGAUUCUGUCGAAUCCUACAUCCGACCAGUCGGUGAAAGAGCAAGCAUUUGAAUAUCUAAACCAGCUACGGAGCGACCCGCAGGGAUGGCAGGCUUGUACGAAUCUUUUUGCCCGGAUCCCUCGAACGUCUGAAGUUGUGCGCAUGGUGUGUUUGGAGGUGGUCAACUAUGCAGUUCAUACACAAGGUCUGGAUGGAGAGAGCUUAGCUUUUCUCAAACACACCUUGCUGCAGUAUGUCCGCCAGUCAUACGGGGCAGGUGUCCAGCAGGAGCCGGACCCUGCCCAUCUCCAGAACAAGCUUACGCAGACUUUGACAUAUCUAUUCGUCUUUCUCUACCGCGACGGCUGGCAGAGUUUCCUCGACGACUUCCUCGACUUGACCGGGCUUCACCAGAAUGUCGACAACGUCUCUGGUGUUCUUUUUUACCUACGAGUCCUAUCAUCGGUACACGACGAGAUUGCAGACAUGCUGCUUUCACGACAGAGCGGCGACUCCAAGCGAAAUACUGAGCUCAAAGACCAGCUGCGUGCUCAGGAUAUGCAGAAAGUUGCCGAAUCUUGGAAGCAGCUUCUUUCUAGAUACAGCGGAAACGAUGUCGUUGUAGACCUAGUCUUGAAAGUUAUCGGCAAAUGGGUUAGCUGGAUGGACAUUUCUCUAGUCGUCAGCCAGGAUAUGCUUAACCUGCUGCUACCCGUUGUUGGACGAACGGGUAGCGAAGACAAAGUGCGAGAUACCGCUAUCGACACCCUGACUGAGAUUUGUGGCAAGAAGAUGCGGUCGACGGACAAGAUGGAUAUGAUUUCAUUCCUCAACUUGCAGGAUAUUGUCAGCCAGCUGGUUGCCAGCCCAAUGCUCAACGACCUCAAAGGCACCCCGCAGUACGAUACAGACCUUGCCGAGGCUAUUGCUAAACUCGUCAACACCACCGUGGCGGAUAUUAUCAGGGCUCUCGACGACAACCAGGCUACCGAUGACACCCGGACACGGGCCAAGCAACACCUGGAUGGCUUUCUCCCGCUGCUUCUGCGCUUCUUCUCGGACGAGUACGACGAAGUGUGUUCCACAGUCAUUCCAUCGUUGACCGACCUCCUCACUUUCCUCCGAAAACUAGGGCAACUCAACCAAGAGUAUUCAAACAUGCUCUCGCCGAUACUCAAUGCAAUUGUUCAGAAGAUGCGAUACGAUGAGACGACGUCAUGGGGUAACGAGGACGAGCAAACAGACGAGGCAGAAUUCCAAGAACUUCGAAGACGCCUGCAGUACCUUCAAAAGACCAUUGCGGCUAUUGACCAGAAUCUAUAUAUGGACGUACUUAGCAAUCUAGUGGCGACCACUUUCCAGACGCUGGACCAGCAGGGGUCGCACAUGGAUUGGCGGGACCUUGACCUUGCACUGCAUGAGAUGUACCUCUUUGGAGAACUUGCGUUACCGAACCAGGGUCUAGGCACAAAGAGCCAACCAUCUACGGAAGCUUCCGAACGAUUGGUUGUCAUGAUGCAGAAGAUGGUCGAAUCAGGAAUCGCUAAUUUCUCGCACCCUGCAAUCGUCCUCCAAUACAUGGAAAUCUGUGUCCGGUAUUGUGUUGUUUUUGAAACUCAUUCGCAGUAUAUCCCUCAAGUUCUGGAAAACUUUGUUCGCCUCGUCCACCACAAUCAUGUUCGCAUCAAGACCCGAUCCUGGUACUUGUUCCACAGGUUCAUCAAGCAUCUUCGAUCACGUGUGGGAAAUGUCGCCGAAACUGUCAUUCAGUCCAUCGGAGACCUGCUGCCCAUCAAGGCCGAGGUUCCUGGAGAAGAUGCCGACGAUGACAUGUCGUCAGAUGAGUCUGACCAUUCAGCCGAUGCUCUCUUCACCAGCCAGCUCUACCUCUUUGAGGCUAUUGGAUGCAUCUCUUCAACGCAUAGCACGCCGGCCGAAAACCAAGCUUUAUAUGCCCGAUCUGUAAUGGAUCCUCUGUUUCAAGAUAUGGAGGUUCACCUUCCUCGAGCCAAGGGUGGGGACGCACAAGCAAGCUUGCAAAUUCAUCACAUUGUCAUGGCGCUAGGUACCUUGGCACACGGCUUUUCCGACUGGACUCCAGGAUCGACCGCAGCAAAUCAGCAUGGGCCACCGGAUAAACUUGUCUCUGACGAAUUUUCUCGCGCUGCAGAGGCCAUUCUCAUUGCUCUUCGUGAGCUGAACUCAUCAGCAGAGAUUAGGACCGCUUGCAGGUCAGCCUUUUCCAAGCUGCUCGGCGUUUUAGGUGCCGCUGUUCUCCCCCAACUUCCUAAGUGGAUCGAAGGAUUACUCUCGCAAAGCUCAUCUAAGGACGAGAUGGCAAUGUUCCUGCGACUUCUGGAUCAGGUGGUGUUUGGCUUCAAAACAGAAAUCUAUGACGUCCUCAACAUGCUAUUAACACCGCUUCUUCAACGCAUCUUCGGAGGCCUUGGAGAACCCAUCUCUGGCACCGAUGACGAGAUACAGUUGGCAGAACUUAGACGAGAAUAUCUCUCCUUCAUACAAAUCAUCCUGAACAACGGACUAGAGGGAGUUCUUAUCAGUGAAGCAAACCAAGGCUUCUUUGAGCCAAUGAUUGCUUCUGUUCUCGAACUAGCAAAGACCUUGGAUGGAAACCUUGGGCCGAGUCGACUGGCGUUUACGAUUAUGGCUCGGAUUUCCGCUCUUUGGGGCGGCCCUGAUGUUGCCACCAUUUCACGAGAACCAACGGCGCCAACGGGCAGCCCUAGCCCAGCAAUUCCUGGAUUUGACCAUUUCAUUAUGGAAAGAUUCCACUCAACGUGUUGGGAAGUUAUGCGAAACCCUAGCUUCAAGCCCUCAUCUGAUGCACAGACAAAACAAGUGUUGACGGAAAUUGCGGCAUUGGAGCAGAUGAUAUAUACUAAAACUGGUAAUGUUUACAUCCACCAAAUGCAGAAUGAAGUCUUCCCCAGCUUGGGCAUCAACGGCGAUGACUUUUUGCGAUCUUUGACGACCUCAACGGACAAGCGACAAUUCUCAAACUACCUCCAGCAGCUGUUAAGCAGCAGGUGA